CGGGAUCCCCGCUGAAAACAGCUGCACAGUUUUUUUGUUGUGUGUGAGAUUCAUUCAUCAGCGGAGAGCGACGGUUUUCUACGCUGACGUAACAUACAUAUUACAAUACAACCGGAAUAGAUUUGUGUGGUCGGUUUUCUGAGCGGUUCAAUACUGUACAGCGACCAGGGAGCAGAAGAGAGAGAAGAAAAAACACAAUGAUGCACUUCAACAACAUUAUGGACCUCGGCGACACAUCAGAAACACGAUAAAAACACACGUCAAUGCAGCAUCGGCGGAUGGCUGGAUUUAUUUUAGGAGGAUUGAAAUUACUGUCCAUCGGAACGGAGUAUCUAGUGUGAGGUUUAGAUACAGUGUUGCAGGAGAGUUGCAGCUGCCCGGUUUCUCUCUCUCCUUCUCUCUCUCUCUCUGUCUCUCUCCUCUCUCUGCUCUCUCUCUCUCUCUCUGUCUCUCCUUCUCUCUCUGUCUCUCCUUCUCUCCCUCUCUCUCUCUCUCUCUCUCUCUCUCUCUCUCUCUCUCUCUCUCUCUCUCCUAUCCGACGUUGUUGUGAAUGAUCAAACAUGGCGACUGUACCAGUAUAUUGCAUCUGCAGACUGCCCUACGACGUUACCCAGUUUAUGAUCGAAUGUGACGCCUGCAAGGACUGGUUUCACGGAAGCUGUGUUGGUGUGGAUGAGGACGAGGCUCCAGACAUUGACAUCUACCACUGUCCCAACUGUGAGAAGACCGAUGGAAAAUCCACCAUGAAAAACAAGAAAAGGACUAAACACGACACGGGACAGAGAGGAGACAUCAGAGCGGUUCAGAACGGCAGUCAGGUGUUCAUCAAGGAGCUACGCAGUCGCACCUUCCCCAGCUCUGAGGACAUUGUGGUGAAGCUGAAUGGCAGCCAGCUGACUAUGGACUACCUGGAAGAGGUUGGUUUUAACGAGCCCAUCCUGGUUCUGAAGAAGGACGGUCUGGGGAUGUCCAUGCCCGCUCCUACCUUCUACAUCAAUGAUGUGGAGAAACAUGUUGGUCCAGACGUAGGUGUGGAUGUGAUAGAUGUGACCAAGCAGAAAGACAGUAAAAUGAAGCUGAAGGAUUUUGUAGAUUACUACUACAGCACCAGCAGGAAGAAAGUAUUAAACAUUAUCAACCUCGAAUUCUCUGACACACGGAUGGACAGUAUAGUGGAGAGUCCUCAGAUUGUGCGGAGGUUGUCAUGGGUAGAGAACUACUGGCCAGACGACGCUCUCCUGGGGAAACCCAAAGUCACUAAGUACUGUUUGGUCGGCGUUAAAGACAGCUACACGGACUUCCACAUCGAGUGUGGAGGGGCCUCCGUGUGGUACCACAUCCUCAAGGGAGAGAAGAUCUUCUUCCUGAUCAAGCCCACGUCAGCCAACCUAUCGCUGUACGAGCGCUGGAGGUCCUCAGCCAAUCACACUGAGAUGUUCUUCGCCGACCAGGUGGACAAGUGUUACAAGUGCACUCUGAAGCAGGGGCAGACCCUAUUCAUACCCUCAGGUUGGAUCAACGCUGUGCUGACUCCAGUGGACACUCUGGCCUUUUCUGGACACUUUGUCCACAACCUGAGUGUUGAGAUGCAGAUGAGAGCGUACGAGGUGGAGAAGCGUCUAAAGGUCAACUGUCUGACUCCGUUCCCCAACUUUGAGACGGCCUGCUGGUACGUGGGACGACACCUGCUGGAGAGAUUUAAAGGUUUACACAAGGCCAACAGACAGCCAGCUCCCUACCUGGUCCAUGGAGCUAAGAUCAUCAACGGAGCUUUCAGGGCCUGGACUAAGAAACAGGCUCUGUUAGAACAUGAAGAUGAGCUUCCAGAGAACAUGAAGCCCACUCAGCUCAUCAAGGACCUGGCCAAGGAGAUCAGGAUCUCAGAGAACUCGGCUAAAGCCAUUAAGAGUGAUUCGGGUAGCAAGGCCCCAGUGGAGGAACCUCCUGCUGCCCCGUUAGAGCCUGAGGACCCUGCUUCCCCCUCCAGCGACCCCUCUCCGUCCCCUCCUCCCCGGGAGAAACCAGCCAGGAAGAAGGCCUCCAAACCACCCAAACCUCCAAAGGUCCCCAAAGCGAAGGAGGGAGGGAAGAAGAAAGGAAAGAAAGAGAAGGAAGUCCCUGCUCCUCCUCCUCCUCCUCUUCCUCCAUCGAAGCCCUCCAGCCUGGCAGCUCUGGAGUCUCACGCCAAGGACAUCCUCAGCAAGAUGGACCAGCCCAAGAAGGGCAAGAUGGGGGGCAAGGCGACUAAGAACGUCCUGAGCAUGUCGGAAAAGGAGACCUGUAAGCAGAACGACGUGGAGAAGUUUGAGAUCCGAGAACAGAACAAGAAACAGACGGAAGCCAAGUGGAAAUAUAAGAACAGCAAACCAGAUUCCUUACUGAAGAUGGAAACUGAAGAACACAAGUUUGAGAGAACAUCGCUAUCAGGCAACAAAGACAAGUUUUCAUUCUCAUUGACACACAAGAAGUUACUCGGUUCUAAGCUGAAGCCUCAGACCAACUCCAGUGUGUUCAGCUCGUUACAAAACCUAAAGGAGGACAAGGCCAAGCCGGUGAGAGACGAGUAUGAGUACGUGUCUGACGAAGGAGAGUUGAAGAUCGAUGAGUUCCCCAUCAGGAGGAAAAAGAACGCAGUCAAGAGAGACUUAUCCUUCCUGUCAAACAUCAAAGACCCAAUCCACCCAUCCAAGAAGCCAAAGCUCCUCCCCUCUGCUGUCAAGGCUGACUCGUCAGAUGAGGAGUCGCUCCACAUCGACACAGAGGUCAAGCCGGAGGUGAAAGGUCGUAACUCGAAGGUGAAAAAGAAGACGGGCAGCACGGCGGGCAUCCUGGACCUUCUCCAGGCCAGCAAGGCUGUCGGUGGCAUUGACUACAACGCCAACAGUCAGCCACCUGCAUCUCCCAGCACACAGGAGGCCAUUCAGGGGAUGUUGUCUAUGGCCAACCUGUCCUCCGGGGCUACCGCUGGGGCCGCAGCCAUCUCCUCUGACACCGCUGGAGGAGGUGGUUCCUGGGGCAGGAACCAUGCCAACACCACCACGGCUGGACGGAAGGGAGGAACACGAGGAGGAGGAAAAGGAGGAGGAGAUGGGAACAGUAAGCGGCCAGCCAAACCCAAGAAAACAAAGAAGAACAGCAGCGUCGACAGCAUCGAGUUUGAUGACGACCAUGAUCACAUGGACGCCUGCUUCAAGGACUCCGACUAUGUUUACCCCUCUCUUGAGUCCGAAGAGGAUAACCCUGUCUUCAAAUCCAGAUCCAAGAAGAGGAAAGGUUCUGACACUCCGUACAGCCCCACAGCGCGUGUCGGUCCCUCUGUGCUUCGUCAGGCGAGGCCGGCCAGAGAAGGAGCGCGAGUGGCUUCCAUCGAGACCGGACUAGCGGCUGCCGCAGCCAAACUCUCACACCAGAAGGAGCAGCAGAAGACCAAGAAAAAGCAGAAGAGCACAAAAAAGAAGCCCCCUGCUGCCGUGAGGGAGGAGGAGGAGGAAGAUGAGGAGCCAGUGAGGAAGCUGAGCAGGGACAGCAGUUCUCCAGAACCUGACGCGGGCCGGGACUCCGAGCCAGGUCAAACCGACCAUGAAUACUCCUCUGGGGCAGGAGGGAAGCAGGCUGUGGGGCCCCAACCCAUGGCACCUGGAGUCUUCCUUACGCAGAGACGACCCUCAACGUUUUCAUCAUCUCACAACAAUAACAACAACAACACGGCCAAGGGGGAGCGAGGAGCCGGAGGAGGAGGAGGAGGAGGAGGAGCGGGAGGAGCAGGAGGAGCGGGAAAAGGUGACGCAAAGGGCGAAGCGAAGCGGCUAAAGAAAGGCAUGGCGACGGCCAAACAGAGACUAGGAAAGAUCCUCAAGAUCCACCGCAACGGGAAGCUCCUCCUGUAACAGGAAGUGACUCACUGAGGAUCAUUGCCAUUGGCUCCUGCAGUACUCUUAGCCUAUGAACUGGCCCCGUCUCCCAUCUCCUUUCCUUUGAUUGGUGCUGGGCUAACAGACAGACUGAAACAGUCACCAUUGGUUUUUGCCUAUACUUAAAGUGUACAGAAUAAUUGCUAGAAAUAUUUUUUAAGAAAAAAAUGUGUCAUUUUACUACAGUCAGUUUAUCAGGGGGUCGCUAUGCUAGUGUUAAACUAGGCCUGCAGCCCAAACGGCAGCCUAUUCCCUUUAAGGACCCUGGUCAAAAGUAGUGCGCUAUAAAGGGAAUAGGCUGCCAUUUGGGACGCCGCCAAGAAGUACAUUGUCGUCAUUCCAGGACCCUGAAAGUAUCCCUUACAUGUAUUCAGUUGGAUGGCACUUAUGUGGGGGUGGGGUUGAGGGUUAAAAGGUAGUUUAUAGAGAAUUCAUUACUACUAUUUGGAUGUGGCUUAUCAUUACCUUGCAAUAUUGUUUAAGAAUUUAGGAAAUAAUUGUUGCUUUCUGUCCUCCCCCAGACCAGACCUAGCCUGAAAUACAGUCUUGUUUGUGUUAACAAUCCAACCCCUCAGACAUGUUAGGCAUGACUAGGAGUGGAACGUUAGCACAGACCCAGGCCUUCACUAGAUACAUUCACCUCCACGCUGUUCCUUUGGUUUGCUAAGUACUAUCAGUUACGAUAUUUAUUCUCCUAAUAUACUGUUUCAUGUCAUAGACGGGGGGGUUUGAAGAAGAAGCCCCCCCAAAAAAGGCACUUAUAGUAACAACUUGUGAAGGGAUUUUCAGAGUUAUGUCCGAUAUGUCAGUAUGAUGAUUGUUCCAGUGGCUCAACUGGAUUUCUCUGGUUGUUAGAACGGUUUGAAACUAAUGUUUUUCACACCCAAACAAACACGUCAUCGUUAUUUCACAAUGUGCCGUUUAGUUCCGUUUUGAAGACUUAUCUUAAGAUGGAUAUUGUGAUUAUAGACCGUAUGAAUUACCUACUUAAACACAGUAAACAAAUAACCAAAUGUGUAAUAUUGUUCUAAAUUUGCACAUACUGUAUAUUACCACAGCUGGUAAAUUAUCCUUAAAGAGAUAUAAUGUG